CCUUGCAUGUGGAGGGGCCUCCUGAUUGGUGUGCAUUCCCUCUGUGACGUCACUCAGACUGUGACGUCCAUUCUUCCUGUUUCCUCCAGCUGUGUCUUAAAGUAAAUCUUGUUGUAGUGCGGAGUCUCAGCUGAGCUCUGCUCUGCAGAAAUAAUACAAUCCCAGGCAGGCAAACGGGAGCCACACAAAAGGGGUCUCUUCUCAUUCUCUGCCUCUUUCUCCCUCUGUGUCUGUCUCUCUGCACUCUGCCUGCUGCUUCUCUCUGGCACACACACACUUAGUCACUCACUCACACACUCACACACACUCUCCCUCCCUUGUCAAAUUGUACUAUUCAUCAGCAGAUAUCCCAGCCUCUGUGUUUUCUGUCUUUCACCGGCAAAGCGGAUCAGUUUCAUUGCUUCCCCUGAGGUCCCAGGAUUCUCGAGCUGUGCCCAGCUGACAAGCUUUUGAAGAUGGCACAAUAACAGUCCAGUGAUGCCUGACCAUGACAGCACAGCCCUCUUAAGCAGGCAGACCAAGAGAAGAAGAGUUGACAUUGGAGUGAAAAGGACAGUAGGGACAGCAUCUGCAUUUUUUGCUAAAGCCAGAGCCACAUUUUUCAGUGCCAUGAAUCCCCAAGGUUCCGAACACGACGUUGAGUAUUCGGUAGUACAACAUACAGAUGGGGAAAAGUCAAAUGUGCUCCGCAAGCUGCUGAAGAGGGCAAACUCCUAUGAAGAUGCCAUGAUGCCUUUUCCAGGAGCAACCAUCAUUUCCCAGCUGUUGAAAAAUAACAUGAACAAAAAUUGUGGCACCGAGCCCAGUUUCCAAGCCAGUGGCCUUUCUAGCGCCGGCUCAGAAAUACAUCAGGAGGAUGCAUGUAGCAACUCUUCAAGAGACAGCCCCCAAGAGUGUCUUUCCCCAUUUGGCAGGCCUACCAUGAACCAAUAUGAUAUGGAUCGCUUGUGCGAUGAGCACCUGAGAGCAAAACGUGCCCGGGUUGAGAAUAUAAUUAGAGGUAUGAGCCAUUCCCCCAACGUGGCAUUAAGGGGCAAUGAAAAUGAUAGAGAUGGAGCCCCUCGGUCAGUAAGCCCCAGAGAAAGCUAUAGAGAAAACAAGCGCAAACAAAAACUGCCUCAGCAGCAGCAACAGAGUUUCCAGCAGCUGGUUUCAGCUCGAAAAGAGCAGAAGAGAGAAGAGCGCCGACAGCUGAAACAGCAGCUGGAGGACAUGCAGAAACAGCUGCGCCAGCUGCAGGAGAAGUUCUACCAGAUCUAUGAUAGCACUGACUCCGAAAACAACGAAGAUGGCAACCUGUCUGAGGACAGCAUGCAUUCGGAGAUCAUAGAGGCUAGAGCUCGUGAUUCCAUGGGCAGAUCAGAUCAUGAAAUGUUUGACUUAGAUCCUGCUCAGUUUAUUGACCGCGCUCGAGCCCUCAUCAGGGAACAUGAAAUAGCAUCAGAUAAUCACCCCAAAAAAGAUGGUCCUAAAGAUAAAGAUAAUUUGCAUCACAAUUUUCAGCCUGAAAGUAAGCACUUGGCAGAAGCACUAAAGCAAGAACUAAAUACUGCCAUGUCACAGGUAGUGGACACUGUGGUCAAGGUUUUUUCUGCUAAGCCCAUACGCCAACUUCCUCAGGUCUUCCCACCUAUCCAGAUGCCUCAGGCAAGAUUUGCAAUCAGUGGGGAAAACCACAACUUCCACACCACCAACCAACGUCUGCAGUGCUUUGGUGAUGUCAUCAUUCCAAAUCCCCUGGACACAUUUAGCAAUGUUCCAUUGCCUAGUUCCACAGACCAAACCGAAGCAUUGCCUUUAGUUGUUCGCAAAAAUUCAAAUGACCAGUCUGCCUCUGGACCUCCACCUGGUAGUCACCAUCCUGUACUGCACCAGUCCCCUCUGUCAGCAGCUGCCAGUUUCUCAUCAUCAUCUUUCCGUCACCCUUUCCCUCUUCCUCUCAUGGCUUACCCAUUUCAAAAUCCCUUGGGGGCUCCCUCAUCAGCUUUUCAAGGAAAGGACAGGUCCUCCCCAGAAUCUCUAGACUUAACUAGAGAAACCACAAGUCUGAGGACCAAGAUGUCAUCACACCACAUGAACCAUCAUCCUUGCUCUCCAGCUCAUCCACCCAGCUCAACAGAAGGCCUUUCAUUGUCCUUCAUCAAGUCGGAGUGCGGAGACAUGCAAGAUAUGUCUGAUAUCUCACCUUAUUCGGGAAGUGCAUUAUACAUGCAGGAGGGGCUUUCUCCAAAUCACUUGAAAAAGGCCAAACUCAUGUUUUUCUACACGAGGUAUCCGAGUUCCAACAUGCUGAAAACCUUCUUCUCUGAUGUUAAGUUCAACAGAUGCAUCACCUCCCAACUCAUCAAGUGGUUUAGCAAUUUCCGCGAGUUUUACUACAUUCAGAUGGAGAAGUAUGCCCGGCAAGCCAUUAACGAUGGCAUCACCAGCACUGAAGAGCUGUGCAUCACCCGAGAUUGUGAGCUGUACCGAGCUUUGAACAUGCACUACAAUAAAGCCAACGACUUUGAGCAGGUUCCGGAGAGAUUCCUAGAAGUGGCUCAGAUCACGUUACGAGAGUUUUUCAAUGCCAUUAUCGCAGGCAAAGACGUUGAUCCUUCUUGGAAGAAGGCCAUCUACAAGGUCAUCUGCAAGCUGGACAGCGAGGUCCCGGACAUCUUCCGGUCGCCCAACUGCCUCCAGGAACUUCUCCACGAGUAGAUAAAUUCCGCAGGGCUGGAGCCGAAUGUAUGAAAAGUACAUUUCCCACCCACCCCUGACACACUCAAGCCCCCCCCCCACGUGCAAGGUCUACGUGUGAGUGCGCGUGUAAGUGCUAUACUCGUGCGGAUGGGAAUGUGUACGUGCAUACGAACUGUGCAAUCUCUUUUAUUUAAUAGGAUUUUUUCCAAGUAGAGAAAUAACUGGAUAUUCUCCCUUUCCCAAACUAUGGUGGAAGGAGAUGCUUUUACAUGUAAAUAUUAUGGGAAAAAAAUACUUUUCAAUUAUAUUAUUAUUAUUAUUAUUAUUAUUAUUAUCCUUCGGUGAGUUCCCAAUAUGCUUUUUCCUGCAUUUUUUUGUAACUGUUUGUAACACUGAUUGGGCAGUUCUAUAGGAUCAGGGACGGCCUUUGGGUUGUGCGACCUCUGCGGCCGCCAUGGGUGCCAUAUGGAGAGGGAGAGGGGACAAACUGGACAUUUCUGUAUAAACACUUGAAACACACAGUAAAAUAUUUCUCAGCCCAGUAUGCACUGAAGGCCUGGUGUGGCCCAUGUUUCAAGCAGGUGAUAGAUCAAGGGAGCAUUGUGCUCAGUGUCGGACUGGCCCACCAGAGAACCCUUACAUCCACAGCCCAAUUUCACAGUGAUUUUCUGUAGAUCUAUAGUGGAAAUAAGAAAGGGCUGAUGGGAAAUUUACCUUGGCUGGGGCCCACUAAGAGACCCCCUGGUACCAUGGCAGGCCAGUCCGACCCUGCCCUGCUUUAUCUCAUUGCCAAGGGGCAUCCAAUGCACUAUUUUGCACAGAGCACUAUGUAUCCGAAGGCCGGCCCUGGUCCAGAUGCUGGAUUCAUUGAACCUGUUCAUUUCCAUUAACUCUAAUUUACCGAAAAUGUUUUGUUAUUUUUUUUUUUAAAAAAAGUGGGUUUGAAGGAAAAAUAUGGCCCAUUUCAAUAUAAUUCUACAAUAUUUGUAUAUAAGUAACGGUGCCGGAUUACCAGGUCACUGCCAUUUGCAACGAAUGAGCUCCUUAAAUGGAAAAUGCACAAGUAAAAGCAAUGCAGGAGUUUGAAAUCCAUUCAUAUAUUGUUUUUGGACAAUUUUUUGCAAAUGCCCUAAAAAAUGAUCGGUCUGGUAACCCUAAAUCUAGGUUUGUGGAUGAUGAAAUGUUUAUAUCAUUUACCUCUGUCGAAUGGGGGAAAUGUAAUAAAAGUCAUUGGCGAAUGGUUCAUCUAACUUUACAUUGUAAAAUGUCCAUUGACCUUCAUUAGUUUUUCUACCGCAAAUUACUUUUAUUACAGUCUCCCAGAAGUCUGGAGCUGGUUGGGCCCAAAGAGUUAAUUUUGGGUUGGGGUGGGGGGGGUACGUUGUCUUUGUAAAAGGGUAUUUUGCUGGGGGAGAGAAUUCACAGCACAAAUCUACUGAUAGUGGCAGAAGGCACAAUAAAGGAGGGUAUAACUGGAGUCAAGCUGAUAGGAUUCUGUCCUUUGCCGGAGAGGUUAGAGAGGGAGACAGGUGUUUCUGUCCUUUCAUUGCGGCCGGUUUCAGGUGCACCCUUUAAAGGUGACACUACGGAAGCACCGAUCAGGAAUAUCAUGUGCCCAUUACUCGUGAUUGAAAGACCAGACUGUGCCUGAGAUAAAGGUUGCCUGCGGCGUGAGAAGGGAUAAUGCACACAAGAAAAAAAACACUGAACCCCUCCAGGGAUGGGGAGGUCUUAAUCACUGUGAAAUAGCUGAAGAUUUAUUACAAUCCUCGUUAUCACUGGAACAUUUAUUAAACCCUAAACUGAAGGAGAUCGUUUGCUGCUAGCCCCUCCAAAAGGGAACUCUGAAGGUGCUAUAUUCCCACGCAUUGUGCUUGGCACACACAGGCACCCAGGGGAGGAAGGGGUUAAAGUGACCACUGAAUAUCUAUAUUUAUUUUAUGCUAUAUGUAUAGGUAAGGGAUGAAUACUCAGUGCACCCCACUUUGAUAGAGUAGAUAUCAGGGGUCCUGGUUAGGAUAGAAAGGUGAAAGAAGCUCUAACUUAUCUCUAAGGGGCCCCGUAAUGCAGGGGCCCAAACACAGUUCUGCCCUAACCUCUUUUUUUCAUGGCACAGAAGAGCACAAUGUAACCUAAAGAAUUUUUUUAGAUAUAAAUAAGGGCCCCAUUUUUCAGUAGUAACUAUACUUAUUCUGUAUUGCUUGACUGGCACUUUGACAACCCAUAAGGAUUAUGAUUAUUUCACCCAAGUGCAAGUACCUUCCAAGUUAGAACCAACCAGCCAAUCAGAGUUUAAAGAUGGCCACUGCUAGGCUUUGUUUUGUUCAAAAUGGCACUGGCACUGGCAGAAUAGGGAAGAAGUGGGGCAUUUCAGAGUUAGAUCCAUCUCACUAGCACCAGGUGUUGUUUGCUGCCAACCCCAGGGCACAGGCACACUCUGCUUGGGUGAGUUAGCCUUUAAUCUUCCAUUAUAAAUAAAUCAUUUUUGCCUAUGGAUCUGCAAAGGAUCCCUUCCUUUUCCAAGCACCCAAUCACAGUGCAGAUAAAGGUGAAACCCUGUCUGAGGGUCAUACCACCAGCUCCUAGCAAAAGUCCCACCAGGAACUUAUUGGUGUACAAAGUCCAACAGAGCCAUUUGCAGAAGUAUCGCUGGUCAUAACAUCUGAUUGCUCAGGGACGUAGACUUGCGAUAAGAUAAUAUAACCCUAUAACUGCCAGCUAUCACAAUGACAACAUUCCAUUGCUGCCGCACUAUCAGAGCACUUACUGGAAUAAAAUCAUUUCUGUAGCAGUUUAAUAACAGCAAUCACCGGAUUAUAUUUCCUUCUUGUUUGUAUCGAGAGCCCCAAAUAGGCCAAGACUGAGCCAUAAAUAAAACAAUUUCCAUUUAGAGAAAUCCUUUGCUGGAUGAGAUUACUUUAGGUGUAAGACGGCUUUGUCUCCCUUAUGAAGCUCUUUGGAUAUAUAGUAUUUUUUUUUUUUCCUAAUGGAAGAACGUUUGAUAUAAUAUUUAUAACACUGUAAAAAGAAAAACAACUAGUGCUGAAAAGAAUUAGGAUAAAUCUUUAAGUUCCAUUAGAUGAUUCCUCUAGCGUUUAGGCAAUUUCGGUCGAUGUUAGUUCUUUAAUAACUUAACAAAUCCAACUUUUUAUGAAAAUGGUGAAAUUAAUUUUUCAAAACAGAUACGCACUUUAGCACCAUUGCUGAUGGAAACGAUUUUAUCGGGAAUAAAAAAGGGACUAUAGUCCCAAGAUAAUGAAGAAAAACUAUAGGCAUCAACUGCAGUUAAACCCAAAAUAAAUGGAGCUGAAUAGAGAACAGGAGCCUUCAGCCCUAAAAGAUAAAAUAAUAUUGAAAAGAAUAGAGGUUGCCGGAGAUAUGCUGGGUGGUAUCUCAGGCGCUGCCAUUGAAUUCCAUCUACAGGUAUCCGCUAAGCUACAUUCUUGUGCCUAAUUAGAGUGAGAAUCCUCAAGAUAACAUGAAUUCCGUUUGCCCAAACCACUGUUGUCUCAGCAACCCCCUGCGCGGCUUUGCUUUGGCAAAAUAUUUCAAACUGUAAAUCUUGAACCUGUAGUAAAUGAUCCGUUAUUUGCCUUCUCAAUGUGAACAGCCUCCCCCUAUUUGACUUGAUCGCCUCCAUUUCCCAUUUUGACUUUGAAGAGAGGGAGAGCGUAUCCGCGUGACUACUUAGCUAACCUGAUCUCUGCUUGCUCAUUGACGACAAUUUCUGCUGAGAUAUAGAAAUGUAUGAAAGCAAUUAUUGUCAGCACAAUGCCUUAAAAAAAACCUGCUGACAUCAAAUUAACCAGGACAAUCCUAUGAAAUCCUGUUAUUAUUCCCCAGCAUUGGCAGUGUCUAUGCACUUUAGAGGGAAAACGCAAUUUCCAAGGAUACGGAGCCAGUAGUUGUAGUUAGGUGGCAGAGUUCAUAUACUCUCUUCACUAAUAUUCUCCCUUCUAUAUCAUAAAAUCGUUCUGGUUUUGGAUGACACAAUCAGAGAUGUCCGUGUUACCAAGGAGACCAUUCUUGGUGUUUCAAUAUUAGCACCAAAUGGUAUCUUGGAAUAAUUGGCCAGAUUCCAUUUUUCUCCUUAUUCAGUUCCAAGUUUGUCAAGAUUUAAACCAGUAGACAACUUUGUCCAAUCAAAUUCAGGCCCAGUGUUUUUUAAUUGGUUUAAUAUCUUCUUGGAGUUUUGGAUGGAGUUUUUCUCUUCCACCUAAUUCAUUGACAAACAAAUGAGUGUUUCUUACUGUUAAGGUUCCACAAUAAACUUUAAAAUUGUGCUUAGCAAAGGGAAAUGAUGAUUAUAGUAUCCCUGUGCACCAAUAAUUGGAAAGUUGACCCUGACUUGGAUUGUUCCACUUAAGGCUACAGCUCUUGGGUCAAAGUUAGGACCUUAUUAUUCAAUAAGAAUUCCAAAGGGAUCGUAUGGCCAGAUAAUCUUGAGGUUAGGUAUGACCAAAACUGCAAGCUGAACCUUCUAAGAGGCUAAGGGUGCUCAAUACAUGUAGGGGAGGCUUCAGAUCCCUUCGCUCUUUUUUGUCGGCACUUGAUGCACCUCAACCACCCAACGUAGACGUAGAACAUGGCCACAUCGCUUACGGUUUAUGAAAUGAUCUAAUAUCUGCUUAAUGGCUCAGUGACAAUAACAAACAAUUGUUUAAUAUAAACAAUACAUUGGUCUAACUGCUGUGUUCACCCCAGACGGUAAAAUAUUUUACAAUGAACGUAGAAUCUGUGCCGUGCUUCUUGGCCUCUGGGGGUGUAUUUUUAAACUCUAGAUCUAAAGGCUCAGCUUGCAGUAUUAGUCUUACCUAACUAACCACUGUCUUUACAAUUGGUUGACCACAAACCUUUAGAAGAACUAGAAGCAUUGCGGCCAACUCAACAAUAUUGGUGCUGCAUGGACAAACCAUACCCCGAAUAUCAACAUAUGGAAGGUAUUCCCCUAAAGCAAGCUCAGUUCUGUAGGGAAAUCUGAAGGUAAUGAGUUCUUUAAAGCAGUUGUCCUAGAUGUGAGGUAACUAUAAAUAUAAUAUAUAAAAAUUGAUUAAAAUACACAUUUAAAGUCACCUCCUGUGCCUCUCAGCCUUUUACACACCAGCAGAUUAUAAAGACAUGUCGAUGUUCCCAGUUCCUUCCCAAGCCCUAUGCUCCGGCGCCUUCUCCGGUGGCAAGUUCUUCUCUCCUCUAGCUGCAAUAAGCUCCAGCUUUUCCUUCUGGCUGUUUAAUAGAAAGCUAUGCAUACUCUAUGGCUUUUUAAUAAAAACAAAAAAAAAAAACCAAACAAAACAGGAGUUUAAUUCAGAUAAAGUAAUUUUUAUUAUUUCUCUAAAAAAAUAUCUUUAUUAUUUAAAUUAUGUUUCAUUUGUAUAUUAAGGCUUUUUUGUUUUUUUUUUGCUCAGAGUAGAGGCACAAUAUUUCAACUUGGCAUUUAUAUAGAUAUAUAAAGAGAUGAAAAGCACACAGGGAAGGUAUAAAAGCACUCAGCUGAUUUGUGAACAGUUGUAAAAAAAAAAGUUUGUUUCGGAGAGCUUUCCAUCUUUAUUCAAGUAGAUGAGCUUCAGACUUUAUCAUUUACAAACCCAAUGAGGGAAAUUCCAUUUAUCCUACAUUGGAUAACACUUUUGGGAGAUUAGUUAGGUCAAAAACACUGGACUUGACUUUCAGUCAAUGUUUCACUACAAAUACUAGCCUCUCUCAGUCAAGGAAAGUCUUAGUUGAGAUGAUGACCAUGUAGAUGGGACAAUGCCACCCAAUGUCCAAACAACGUUAGUUGGUGGAAGCACUGAUCUGGUGUUCUGCCCCCUGAAGGUCCAAGGACCCUAAAUCAGUGAGCAGGAACUUUGUUGCAUAGGGUAUACUGUAUAGCAUUAUUUUGAAUGUCUCUCAGAGGAACUAGGCAAGGUUGUCCUCAACAUACGCUGCUUAUGAACAGACAUGUUUCCAGGUUAUGGUCAUCGUGUGAGAUAAGUUCAGUUGUAGUUAUUAUAUAAUCACGUGCCCCUGAGGUUAAAUUUGUGCCUCUGCGUAUUAUUUAAACACAGUUUUCCUUUUUUUUUUUUUUUUCAAAUGUUUUGUAAGUAUUUUGUUAUUACGCCCUGUACGUGGGUAAAAAUAUACAAAAUAGAGGCGGAACUUUUAUAAAGCAAUGUAAAUAUUUGAUAAUGUAGUUUGACAGAUAAUUGAAAAAAAAAUACAAGUACAUUCACGUUUGUUAAAAUUUGUAUGAAAUAAAAACAAGAAACUCUGUAAGAAAAUAAAAUACAUUCUCGAGAAAUAUUUGUGUUUUACAUUUUGACAAAAAAAUGAACAUGAUUCUUUCAAUACGCAUCGAUAACGAAUAUAAACGAUGAAGGGUCUUUUUCUUUUUCUCCCUCUCUGUAUAUAGUGAAAUAAGGGUGAAAAAGUUUUUAUAUAAAAAAAUGAAUUGGCCGUUUGGUGAUUCUGACGUCUGCACCGAUGGCAAUUCUCUUUGUUACAAAUAGGUUGUUUUUUUUCACCAGCAGCAAUGUGAUACACAUGCAACUGAAAGAUGUUUAUGAAAUGCUGAUAGAAACACUAUGAAAAAAAAAAAAUAGAUGAAUAUAAAAAUGUAUUUGUAUAAUAUGUUGUACACAGUAUAUGAAAUUCAUCUCAUACUUUAUGCCUUUUUUAGUUUGCUGUUUUGGGAAUGGUCCCCCUUUUUUAAAUAAAAUCUACUACAUUUUUGGGAAAAUUAUUGUAUUGCACUUAACCCAAUCUCUUGACUGUCAGAUUCUAGGAUAAAAAAAAAAAAAAACAGGUCUCCUGCUUAUGUGUACCUACUCUAUCUCCCCUAGGGCUAGAUUUACUACAACUUGGGGCCACGUUUUAUUUCCACAGUGGAUAAAAAGUAGAAUAUGAAUCAUUAAACAGUACAUUUAUAUUUUUAUAUUUAGCGAAUCAGAUUAAAGACGCAUAAAAAAAUAAAAUAGGGCUAUUUUAGAUUUUUUUUUAUUAGUUUUAAGAUUAAACACCUUAAAAGCCCAACUUUGGGUUUUUGUAAAUCUCCAUAAUUAAUAGGGAUGCACCAAAUCCAUCACUUUUGGAUUCAGCUGAAUCCCGCAUUCUCCACCAAAUAGAAUCUGAAUUCAAAUCUGUUCUCUCUGCAUUACAUAUACAAUUUUUUAUUUUUUUUUUUUAUAAAAGUUUGAAUCAAUUGUGAACAAAACAACUGCCGAUUUAUUGUCAGGAGAUUUAAUGUUAUGUGAUCCGAAUCCUACAAAAGGUUUUAGGACUCAACCAAAUCCCAGACUGGAUUUAGCAUCCCAAAUAGUUUAUUUAGCCCACGAGCUGCUAAAAUGGGCUACAAUACAUUGCAGGACCUCACCAUUGAAGUGAUAAAAAUUUUGGUGGCAUCAGGAGACCUUUACCGAUGACCUCAUCUCGGCCACCGAUGUCAUAACCGUCACUGCCAAUCGUUUGUUGAGCUUACAUUUUGAAUCAGAUGUGUAUAUGAAACCAUUCAACCCGGCGUUUGUUAUGGUAAAAAAUAAAAUCCGAUAUUACACGAAAGAGUGACAGGUUGAGAAGCAAAUGAUUUUCCCCCGAGUCUUUCUGUGGGUGUGUGUGUAAAUAAUUAUGAAAUGUGAUAAAACACUGCCUUUAUAUUAUUUAGCAAUAUGUUGUAAAUAGCAUUAUUAUGCUCUUUUUUUGUAACAAAGACCAUUUAAUUUCAAAAUUUAUGACUGUUUUUUGGGUUUUUUUUUCCUUCUCAAAAAUAGCGACUUUGAUAGUGGAAAUUUUUUUUUUUUUUUUUUGGUCAACUGUUUUCUGAAAACUUUGCGUAAUUUAUUGGUUUAAUUUAUCCUAAUUUAUUUGAUGAAGGUGUACAAUAUUUUGUAUUGCCAAGGAUGUACUGUAAUAAUAACUGAUGAUAUGAUCUACAAAUGACACUCACGUUCCAUACAAGUAAGACAAAAAAAAAAAACAAAAAUAAUAAAAGGUGCCGUGGACAAUUGAUUUCCAAAUUUGUUGCUUGGCAGCUACUAAAUUAUAUAAAAAAAAAAAAUAAAGCAGAUGGAGGGGGGAGGGGGAACGGAAUUGGGGACUUUUAUUUAGUGUGUUUAAAGCUUUUGUAUACUCUCCAGACUUUUACCUUUUCGCUUUGUACCACUUAAAAAUUUCAGUAGUUCAAUUGCCUUGUGUGCCUUCCAUCUUCUCUAAACUGAAUGUAUGUGCAGUAUAUAUGCAAGCUUGUGCAAAAUAAAACAUAAAUUACAAGCUCA